GCAUCAGCAUUUUGAUUUACUACGGGAUGCUAAGCUAUGCCCUUUUUGAGUUUCAGAAACAUGGAGGGUACCAGUGCUCAACACGGAACUAAUAAUAACGCCCGAGGACGAGGGCCGGAUGAUGACGCCCGAGGACGAGGGCCGGAUGAUGACGCCCGAGGACGAGGGCCGGAUGAUGACGCCCGAGGACGAGGGCCGGAUGAUGACGCCCGAGGACGAGGGCCGGAUGAUGACGCCCGAGGAGGAGGGCUGGAUGAUGACACCCGAGGACGAGGGCAGGAUGAUGAUACCCGAGGAUUAGGGUCACGACGUGAACGAGUUACACGGAGGACAAUGAGACGAAGCCGGAAUAGAACAUUGUCUCCUGCGGAGGGUGCUUACGAAGAACGGGUGACGAUGCGGCGAAGCGGAUCCGGCACGGACCGACGAACAAGGCGCAAGCGAAGACAUUCGAGCUCAUCAUCUGAAUCAUCUGGUGAGUCUGUCAAAGUUCAUCCAAAAUAUAAGCGUAGUAGAAUUACCGAUAGUAGUACGAGUCAAAUACUUGAUAAAUUCCUGUCAAUUAUUAAGGACGUUAGGGAUUCAGACCGACCUAAAUUAUCAUAUGAGAAUAAUGUCAUCCCAGACUUUGACCCGAUGACUAAGGAACAGACUAUACUGACCUGGAUUAAUAAAGUGGAAGAAUGCGCGGAAAUAUAUGGUUGGGACGACAGGGCUAUCGUUCACUACGCACUCCCAAAGUUACGCGGUGUUGCUAAAUCAUGGUACCAGGGUCUGCCAUCCGUUCUGUUUAGUUGGUCCGAAUGGAAAAAGAAACUUAUCGAGUCUUUUCCUGUUCGAGAAGAUUAUGCUGAACUCCUCACUGAAAUGCUCGGUAAGCGAGUACGGUAUGGGGAAUCGUUAGAACAUUACUAUUACGCGAAAAUAAAUCUUUUAAACCGAUGUAAUAUAACUGGCAAGCGAGCUGUCGACUGUCUGCUGCAUGGACUAGACGAUCGAGCAAUUAAAGUAGGGGCACAGGCGGCCCAAUUCUCCGAGCCUGAACAUGUCCUAAAAUAUUUUAGAUCGGUUCAUUUGGGAACUGUUAGAGAAAAUAGCGAUGGUAGACGAAAUAGAAUCGACAAGCUUGUUCCUAACAAAUCUAACCAUACGAAAGUCGGUAAUGUCAAUCUCGCAAUUAGGUGCUUUAAUUGUAACCAAUUAGGUCACCCUAGCUUUAGGUGCGACAAACCAUUGAUCAAGUGUGCAAAUUGUGGAAGGAUUGGCCACCAGACUUCUGACUGCCCUAGGGGCAAAACUUAUAGCCAAUCGGACAACAGACCUGAUAAGAAUGAAAAACAAGUAUCGGAACUUAGUCUAGCUGAUAGGAAGAACGAUAAAUAUAUAAUGAGCAUUCGUGUAAAUGAUAUACCUUUCCAGUGCCACUUGGACUUGGGUAGUCAGUGCACUUUAAUGAGGGAAAAAGACGCUAAAGUACUCGGCUUAAACCUGCACACAGAUGUUGAUCUGCCUAUGCUUAGAGGCAUUGGAGCUAACGUCGUCAAACCACUAGGUUUGAUCCAUACCACUGUAGAAGUCCAGAAUAUCAAAGAAAACGUAGAUAUCUAUGUUGUAGAAGACUAUGUUCUGGGGCACCCGGUUCUGUUAGGUCAUUCUUUUACGGAAAAGCCUAAUAUCAUGAUUACAAAAACCCCUGAUGAAAUUAUUUUUCGAAAAGUGCAGUCAUCUGAUAAAGUACAUCUCGUAUCGCGUCACGCUCAGCGAAUACCAGUCAAUGCACUGCGAGCUGUAAGUGUUCACUGCGAGUCAUUAAAUGAAGGUACUAUAAUCGUUGCGGGUUCAAUUAGAGGACCACAAGGUAAGGAGUACUAUCUCCUUCCUGGCGAAUAUAGUGUUACCAAUAAUACAUGCGCUGUACUCAUACAGAAUGUAUCCGGAUCUGACAUAAUCGUAGAACAUGAUUCGUUAAUCACAAGGGCUACUAAAGUUCAGACUACGGUUAAUGCAUGCGCAGUUACUAUUAGUACUACGAACGUAGACGACACGAUCGUUUGUAACCCUAACUUUACUAGUGAAGAACGGUUAAAUCUUCAAACGCUGCUCUCGGAAUAUAAGGAGUGUUUCUCUAGCGGCCUCGAUGAUUUGGGGUUCACAAAUGCUACUGAAAUGACAAUCGAUUUAGAUGACGACGAACCUGUAGUCUAUAGACCUUACCGUUUAUCCCAUGCAGAAAGAUCUCAGGUCCAAAAUAUGGUCCAAGAGAUGAUCGACAACAAUAUAGUUCGCGAAUCGUCAUCACCCUAUGCGAGUCCAAUAGUUCUUGUUAAGAAAAAGACCGGGGAGAAGAGACUUUGCGUCGAUUACCGCGCGUUGAAUCGUAAAACUAAAAAAGAUCACUAUCCCUUACCUCGGAUCGAAGAUCAAUUGGACUUGUUAUCGGGGAAUAAACUCUUUACAUCUUUAGAUUUAGCUUCUGGUUAUUACCAAAUUCCGAUAGAUGAAAAGUCCCGACUUAAAACCGCAUUCGUAACACCUGACGGUCAAUUUGAGUAUAACAGAAUGCCAUUCGGGCUCGUUAAUGCACCAGCAGUAUUCCAGAGAACUAUGAAUAAGAUUCUAGCGGAAGCUAAAAUAAAAUAUGCCCUGGUCUACAUGGAUGACAUUUUAAUACCAUCCAAGGACCUGGAUGAAGGCAUGACACGACUAAGAGAAGUACUUGACCUCUUGAAAAACGGGAGGCUAACUCUCAAAAUGAGUAAGUGUAACUUCUUUCUCGACAAAAUAGACUUCCUGGGAUUUGAAGUUAGCGCAAAUGGCAUUCGACCUGGUAAUAGAAAAACGGACGCUGUGUCUAGAUUUCCGCCACCACGGAAUCAACACGAAUUACGUCAGUUUUUAGGCUUGUCGGGCUUCUUUCGAAGGUUUAUUAAAGAUUAUGCACUAAUAGCCGCCCCAUUGACAGAGCUACUAAAGAAGGAUAGAGAAUGGGAUUGGGGCAGAAUCCAAGACGAAUCAUUUCUAGCUAUCAAGAAAAUGCUAUCGGAGCGGCCGGUCCUCGCAUUAUACAACCCUUUAGCCGAAACACAGCUCCAUACCGAUGCUAGCAAGCACGGCUUGGCAGGCAUACUCCUCCAACGAAAUAAUAACGAUGUUUUUCAACCCGUGUCUUAUUUCAGUAGAAAGACGACACCCGAGGAACAGAAGUAUCAUUCGUUUGAAUUGGAAACGCUCGCGAUAAUUGCAUCACUAAGUAGGUUCAGAGUUUACCUUAUCGGAAUCAGUUUUACUAUUCUGACUGACUGUAAUGCUAUUAGGUCGACAUUUACAAAACGAGACUUAGUACCGCGAGUGGCCCGAUGGUGGAUUCAGUUUCAGGAGUACGACUGUUCCAUUGAGUAUAGACCCGGAGCUAGGAUGCCACACGUCGAUGCGCUGAGCCGUAACCCGGUAGAAACACCCCAAGCGGAGAAUCACACAUUAGACGUCUUGGUAGUUGAAUCGGAACAAGACUGGAUCACUACCGUCCAAUCGUCGGACGAAGAGAUUGUCAGAAUCAAAGAUAUUCUCAGCAAUCCUGAAACUGAGAAUGUAGCUGAAAUCUACAAAAACUUCAAACUGAAAAACGGACGUGUCUAUCGCAUCAUAGGUGAUGAAAUAAGAUGGGUUGUCCCAAAAGGGUCGCGGUGGCAGAUACUUAAAAGAAACCACGACGAUGUAGGGCAUUAUGGAUAUGAAAAAACAUUGGAACGAGUCAAGAAACAUUUUUGGUUUAGCCGUAUGCGGCGUUUCGUUAAGAAAUACGUUUCUGCCUGCCUAGAGUGCGCGCACCAUAAGGCACCUGGAGGACGGCGUGAGGGAGAACUACACCCGAUAGAAAAACCAAGUGUACCGUUCCACACAAUUCAUGUAGAUCACUUAGGGCCAUUUGUGAGAAGCAGGCUAGGAAAUUGUUACUUGUUGGUCAUAGUAGACGGGUUCACAAAAUUCGUCAAUAUCACUGCAGUGAAGAAUACGAGGUCCUUAACUACCAUUAAGGUUUUAAAGGAUCAUUUCAGCUAUUUUGGAGUACCUACGCGUCUCAUUACGGACCGAGGAACCAGUUUCACUAGCAAAACAUUCAAGGAAUUUACUACUGAAAACGGCGUUAAACACGUGCUCAACGCAGUCGCGACACCUAGGGCUAAUGGGCAGGUUGAGAGGUUCAAUAGAACCAUUACGGAGGCUUUAGCAACAUCUAACCAUGGAAAAGAUGAAAAAGCAUGGGAUGAAAACGUAUGUGAUAUACAAAUAGGACUUAACACCACGGUACACAAAACUACCCAGAAGUCCCCUUCCGAACUGCUCUUUGGCUUCAACGUAAACCAUAGAGCCCAGGGAAUACUAAGUACAGUAAUAAAUGAAACUAUUAAUUUAACUCCGACUGACGAGCUAGGUACUGUUAGAGAAGAAGCUAGUGAGCGCAUUGAAACACAGCAACUGAAAGAUGCAGAAAGGUUCAAUAAGCACAGGAAAUGUAGUAGGAAAUAUAUAGUAGGAGAUUUAGUUCGAAUAUCGCGGCAGGUUCCACACGAUGGUCAGUCUCAGAAAUUAGUCGUCAAAUAUCAAGGUCCUUAUCGGGUACUAAAGGUUCUCGAACAUGACAGAUAUGUAGUGGAGGAUACGCCUUUAUCACGUAAGGGUGGUCGUAGGUACGAAGGUAUUGUGGCCGUAGAUAAAAUACAACCUUGGAUGAGCUUUGAUAGGAAUUUCGACAAUUCUACAGAUGAUGAUGAUGACGAGAUUAAUAAUAGUGAUAACCGUUCAGAUAAUUCUAGUAAUGAAAAUAAUGUACGCAACGAUAGUGUUGAUAAUGCAAUCAAUAUAUAA